CUUAGCACGACCAGCUAGGAAAUCCAAAAACAUCAAGACGCGACGCGCGCGUACAUGGCUCGCGCUACUCGUUCCUCUGCUACCACCGACAGGCUCGAUGACGCCGCCACUGCUACCCAGCAGCCUGCCACAUCGUCAACUGCUGCUCUCAAGAAACGAAAACGUCGUUCAAAUUCGCCAGAAAACGACGCCCAGCCAGCGGCCAAACAUUCUCGGACCGAACAUUCUGAAAAACAACAGACGCCUUUGCCAUCGCCACCGUCUCUCAAGGAUGUUGGAGAGGUGCCUCUUAGCUCGGAAGAUGCUGCCAAGAUUCUUGAUGUCUUGGAAAUGACCGAUACUCAGGGCUUGCUUGACCGCCUCUUUCCCCUUCCAAACGAUCCUUCAUCGUCUUCAAAUCCUUCAUAUUCGCUCAGAUUCUUGUUACAGAAUUCGCCACAUCAUCCUCUGUCUCUUCUCCGAUCGGCUGUAAAUAACCUAUUUCCUAUAUCUUCACAGUCUCGAGCUCGCCUCUCUUCCCCUGCAUGGCGGCAGAUUCAGUUCUGCAAUCUUGCCCUCUCCCUCCUUGACGAAGCUUCUACUCGAUCCGUGCAGUUUCCGCUAGAGUCCGAGUCCAUUUUCCCAGCGGUCGCUGAAUCGCUGCAGGACGAGCUACCAGCAACGUUGUCCUCUGUUCUCCAACCACCGCGCAAGUAUGCACUCGUACAGCAUCUUCCUCAAGGUGACUAUUGGUCUUCUCUGAAUUCGACUCUACCAACCCCAUCCUCUGGGGAUACUCGCGAGCUGAAAGAUCUACCUACUGGGUAUGCAGAAUUGGUGUCCAUAUUCCCUUACCAAUACCCCCUUACCCGUACAACACCAAGUCUUGGUUCAUAUCACAAAAAGGUGAUACCAUCACAAAAACAAAAGAUGCCUAUGCAGAGACGUGCUACCAAAGGCAACUUUCUUGAUUACGGUGUCUGGGGAAGUUUCGCACCUACGUUUGAGCUCGAAUAUGCCGAGAUUGGCAGACAUCAGCUUGGUCAGGUUUAUUAUGGCCAAGAAAUGAGGAGGAAGGCCGCUGAAGAGAGACGAAAUAUGCUGCUUCUGGCCGCUAAGAGGAUGCAUCAAGAGGAUCACGCCAUGGACGAGGUGGAAGAGAUCAAGGAGAGUGGAUCGGUCACAAUUGAUGUGGAGAGUGAACUCAAGGACAUUCUCCCUCUGGAAGAAGUGGAGAACAUCAAAGCUGCCCUGAACAGUUUGGAAAUGCAGAGUUCGGUGGAGGAGCUUCUAGAGCGAAACCGGAAGGCUUUGAAACGGCUCGAAGAACUCCAACUCUCGCGACUUCAGAAAGAAGAUGGUGGUACGAGUGUUGCCGAAGAAGGAUCGGAAGAAUGGGAAACAGCACAAAGUAUCCUGGAUUCUUUAACUGUUUUAGCAUCACUACGACCGCGCACUUCUGGCUGCGAACCUUCUACAAUUAUGCCCACCGCAAAACUUCUUCAUGCACUUCAGCGUACCUUGCCCUUGGCGGACCCUGCCGGUUGGAAUGGAACUCUUCCCGCGGCCCAAGCUGUUGCUCUUCGUGACGAUUCGACAAUCAAAUACCGAGCAGGGACUACUGUUUCAGUGCCUAAAACAACAACGCCGGCAGUACCAGUAACAGCAACAGCACCAGCAAAUACUGUUACAUCAUCCACGUCCUUUUCUGGUUUCAACUAUCAAUAUGCUACACCCCAACAAGGUCAGUAUCGUGCACCUGCUACGGCCGCUUAUACCACUACGUACCGACCGGGUUCCGCAACGCCAUAUUAUCCCUCCUCACAAUACCAGCAGCCAGCACAGGGAGGUCAGAACGCAUAUUACAGCGCACAGGCUUAUGCUGCCAUACAAGCUACUGGUCACCAGCCAUAUGCCUAUACAGGCUGGUUCUCAAGCUUUCAACCGAAUGCAGGAGGAACCACUUCUGGAAGAGGCACACCGCAACCGGUCACAAGUGCAGCAUCAAUGCCUAGUACUUAUGGGUCAUUUUUUGCCGCGACUCAUACAGGUACUGCGGCUGCCACACCACCGCCACGGACGCCCGCGGUGGCCAAUACUGUUGUUGGAGCAAAACAGGCACAGUGGGCUGCUGGGUAUGCGCAACAACCGCCGAUGUUGCCGCUGCAUAUGAGAACCGCGCAGAAUGGAGGGACAUAUCAGGCGAGCACAGCUACUGGAUAACGGAGCUUGAGACUUCCUUGAAUGACAUGGUCUUAAUAACUUUCGCUUUCGCCCUCAUAUAUUUAUAUUUUCACUUGAAGAUAAUUUCCGUUUUCGACAGCACUCAUUCGAUGAAUAGAACCGAAGUAACAUACUGUACCUGCAUUAUACAGAAUACGAAAUAUACUCGCCGUUCAUAGACAUUACAUUCUACCCUACAAGUUAUGGAUUGAAACUGAUACUAAUAGCAAUGGAAGAUGUUCAAC